CAGCGCCGCGACGAAGGCUGUCCAAAUUCGUAGGAUCCUUCAAAUGCGGCCGACAAAUGCGUCCUCCUUUUCCCCGAAUUCGAAGGAUGGGUGUGAUGGAUCCUUUCGCGUCCUACCUAUCCCAUAAUUCUUUUCUGCAGGACGAAGCGAGCGGUAGCGGAGUGGGGGAGGAGUAUUAUUUUCGAUGUUUUUUAAAAACUGGCUUUUCAAAAAGAUAUAUUUUCAGUGGUUUUCUAGUUAAGCAUUUUGUUUUAGCAUUAAGCAUUUUUUUUUUUACAUGUGUACGUGUAUAUGUAAAAAAAAAACGUUUACUUUCGUAAACUAGCUUCUUCCUUACUGCCUGUGUGAAUAUCCCCUUACACACAGUUUAUUUGUUAGUGAUUGAAGCUGUUUUAACGCUUCUAAGGACGAAAGAGCAGACAGAAGUGUUUAUAAAGCUCCGGGGAGAGAACGAUGAGCUCUUCACCCGCUUCUUGCUUGGCGCUGUCACGGUUGCUAGGCGACAGGAUAUGAGCAACGGUUAAGGGAGGGAACUGAAAGAAGGGUAGGCUGUCCAAAUUCACAAACACCGACUUCCGGUUUUUGCGGUCGUCGGAGGACCCAUCCUCCUUCAACCGGGUAGGAAGGAUCCUAAGGAGGAUGCAGACCCUGAAUUUGGACACAUAACCACAUUUUUAAAAAGUAUCCAAAGAGUGAUUUAAUAUAAGUUGUAUUAUAUUGAAGAUUCUAAUAUUUUAGCUUGUAGUUUUCUAAAGGGGUGCUGUUUAUACUAUUUAUAUUCUUUAAUUUUGUUGCUGCUUGAAAAAUGGAUUUAGGGACCUUAAAAAUGCUUGAAAAGUGCUUAAAUUAAACUCUUCAAAAUCUGUACAAACCCUGACUAUGAAAAGUGACUCUUCAUAUAUUAAAAAAAUGCACAAUCUAGCCUAUAUGCUCCUAUAUCCUGUAAGUUCAUGAAUGAUUAAAAAUGAAAAUGUGAAUUAAAACGAAAGCUAUUAAAUGUCUUAUAAUUAAAAUAUGAAAAUUAAAAUAGAGAAAUAUAUUAAGGUGCAAUUUUUACGACCAUAUCCAUCAAAAUAAAGGACAAUGUGAAAGUCUUAAGCAACCACUGGUUUAGAUGUACAUUUAUAUGAAAUUUUAUUCUUAGCACCAUGCUAGUCUACCGUAGCUUUGCCCAUUAAGAUAAAAAUAGUGCUAAAAACAUUAUUGUUCUCCCACUUUCUAACCCUAACACAACAACUUAUGUUUUUUCUGUAUUCAAAGCUAAAGAGAAGUUCAGCAUACCCCCUGAGACAAACAUGUAUGUGCUGGAUGACAGUGGAACAGAGGUUGAUGAAGAGGUCUUCAGCGACAUCUUGGAGGAAAAAGCAGACAUCCUGUGGACCAUUGUUAAUGUUCUUUCAGUUUCUGACUCUCCCAUCCAGUCCUCGUGCACAAACACCUUGUCACUAUCAUCACCCUCAUCAGACAGUGAUGCUUCUCUGAUGUCCCCAAAAAGACAGCGCAUUGAUGACACCUUUGUGAUGUCCCCAAAAAGUCUACAUACUGAUGACAGUUCUUCACAAGCCAAAGAGCUUGUCAAAAGAAUUCUGGAACAAAAGCCUGGAGGUGAGAAAAUCCUUGCAAAAUAUACAAUGACAGGAGAGAUGAAGGACCGAGCACGCCGUGAUCUCGUCAGCAUUGUUGUUGCUGAAAUGUUUGAAAAGUAUGGACGUGCUCCCCCUAUGGAUAAAAGAGCACAGUAUGCAUUGGGGAUAGUAACACUGUUCCCCUCUCUAAAAGAUCCCUACUCCAAAAAAGGCUAUGAACACUUUUUUGACAUAGACAGCAAUGAGGGCUACAUUGCCUGGAAGAUUAAAAACACACAGCGAGAACUCAGCAAUGGCGGUACCAAUGGGGGUAGGAGAAGGAGCUCUCACACUACAGGCAGCAGCGGACCAAACUUAGAGAGAGAAGUGACUAAAGUGCAGCAGUUGGAGGGAGACCAGUGUCGAGAGGCCAUAUCUCUACUGAAACACAGCACAGACAACGAACAGAUCUUCAUGAAAAUGAGAGAAACCUUCCAGCACAGGCAAAAGUUGAUCCAUGAUCCUGAGCAAUGCAGUACAGUGCUUACUGUGUUCCCAAGGUUUCUUGACACAAAAGGCCUGGUGGCGCAAGACUUUGACCUGUUGUUUGGAGCUGAGACUUCAUCAAAACUCCUUGAGAAAUGGGAUUUCCUGAAGGCCAAAGUAAUAGAGCAAGCCAAGGACAUCAGCAAGACACCCCUGCUUGACCAUCUCAUCCAGUCUGCAGAGGAGAACACUGAUGAGGAUGACGAGGUCCCAGGUUGGGAUAGUGACAUGGCCUCACUGCUACUGCUGGUCUACCUACUGCCACCACCUCCAAGUGGAAAGAAGGGAGCUGUAAAGAUCAGUACCCGGGAAGCUGUGGACCAUGUAGUCAAAUUUCAUAAGUUGUCUGUUUGUCUUGCCAACGUAUUGGAGUUUGCAGGGACAUGUGCUAAGUCAUGUCGCAGCCUUCAGGAGCACUCUGGUCCAAACCAGCGGAGGCAGCCCUACAUCCUGGCAGUUGGGACGACAAGAAAGCACAUCCACGAGUUCUACAUUGCAUUGGAUGGUGAUCUCCUUCCCUGCAAGGGCAAGUCUUCCCUGUCAGCCUUUGAUGAACUUUUCAAAGCACAUUAUGUUUUCGGCAUCUCCUAUGACCAGGCCUUAAAUGGCAUGUACACAUUUGUGCAGACCACCAUCUACAACAUUGAUGUAGGUCAUUCUCACGAAACUCCCAGAGUCAAGGACCUAAGAGCUAAGCUCCUCAACUAAAGAGUUAUGAUGUUCAGAUGCUUUGUUUGCAAGUCUAGUUUUGUUACCGUUCAAAUGUUGAUCCGUCAUCUCAAAGUUUUCCAUGCCUUUUAUCCUGGUAAGAAGUUUCAGUUGAUGUGUGACCAGACUGGAUGCCACCUGAGAUUUUGGACUUUUUCAGGGUUUAGAAAACAUCUCCAUAACAAACAUAGCGCUAAAAGUCUAGAUCAAUUUGAGAACGAACCCGUCAUAGUUGAGAACGAACCCGUCAUAGUUGACGUAUCUGAUGAACCCGUAGUUAAUUUAAUUCCAGAGCAACCAGAGAAUUCUCAAAGCUGUAAUGAGACCAGGCGACAUACCCAAGAAAUGUGUGCAUCCCUUAUUGCAAAUCUCCAAGGCUGUGGUGUGGCUACUAAUGUCAUAACGACUGUUGUUGAAAAUAUGGAGGAACUUGUAGAGGAAUUGCAUUCAAACGUUAAAGAUGAUGUUGUAAAAUUACUCUCUAACGAUGAGGAGAUCAGAACAAAGUUUGACGAUUAUUUUGACAACCUUGAAAAUCCAUUUAGCAAACUGAACACUGAGGCAAAAAGGAAAAAACAUUUCAGUGAGAAAUGGGGUAUUGUAGAACCUGUUGAGGUAGCCCUAGGAGUGAGGUAUGACACUAGAAGGAAUCGAACUACUGGCACAUAUGAUCAAGUUCCCAUAACAGACAAAUUUGUUUAUAUUCCUCUAUUGCAAACUUUGAAGUUCAUAUUCACCAACCAAGAGAUCUGUGAUCAUUUUGUGCAGCCUUGUGAGAAAACUGGGUUUUACAAAGACUUCUGUGAUGGUAACUAUUUUAGAGAUCACCCCCUCUUCUCUGAAAAACCAAACUCUCUCCAAAUACAGAUAUUCUACGAUGAUUUUGAAAUGGCAAAUCCUCUCGGAUCCAAGCAUGGUAUCCAUAAGGUUGGAAGUAUAUACUUUGUUUUACGAAACCUAUCUCCAAAGAUAAACUCCGCUCUUAUGAAUAUUCAUCUUUUAGCCCUUUUUCAUACUGAUGAUGUGAAGAAGUAUGGAUUUGAUUUAAUCUUACAGCCCCUCGUACGUGAUCUGAAAGUCCUUGAGUGUACAGGAAUUGAAGUUCCUUUCUCUGAUGAACCAGUUUACGGAACAAUUGCACAAGUAACUGGAGACAAUUUGGGAUUGCACACAUUACUCGGGUAUGUUGAAUCAUUCAGUGCAAACAAUUUUUGUCGUUUUUGUCUAGUAGACAAACAGACCUCACAAACGGUUUUCAGGGAUGAUGAUCCAAGAAUAACAUUGCGUAAUAAAGAACUGCAUGAUCAGCAUUGCAAUGACCUCAUGGUAGAUCCUACACUGCCAUCCACAUUUGGAGUUAAGCGACAAUGUUUAUUCAAUGAUCUACAGUACUUUCAUGUUUCUGAAAAUUAUGCUGUAGACAUUAUGCAUGACAUAUUGGAAGGAGUGGGGCAAUUUGAGCUGAAGUUGCUGUUUGCUUACCUCUCAGACAACAAAAUCAUAUCCAAGACAGAUGUUUGUAACCGAAUAUACUCAUACAAUUAUGGCUUUGUUGAACGAAAAAAUCGUCCAACCAGAAUAAACUUGGAGCAGACUGGAAAUGGAAUUGGUCUCAAUGCCAUUCAAACUUUUUGCUUAAUCCGGAAUAUGCCCUUGAUCUUUGGAGAUGUUUUACGAGAAGGAAAUGCCCACUAUAGACUCUUGUUGCUUCUGUUGCAAAUUAUGAACAUUAUAUUUUCUCCAGUUGUUACUGAUGGAAUGACAGUAUGUCUUAAGCAUCUCAUUGUUGACCAUCACCAACUUUUCAAAGAGCUUUACCCACAUCGUAGAAUGAUCCCUAAACAUCACUUCAUGAUUCAUUACCCCAGAGUCAUUCGAAAAAUAGGUCCAAUUCUACAUGUUUGGUCAAUGAGAUUUGAAGCCAAACAUAGGUUUUUCAAGAACACAAUCAAAAAUUUCAAAAAUGUAACAAAGUCAUUGGCCCAAAAACAUCAGAUGGCUAUAGCAUACCAUUGGGAAUCAAUGCCAUUUAAAAGUAUUGACUGUGGGCCAGUAAAAACUGUUCAGCUCAUUGACUUGCCACAUGGUGAGAUGAUUGCAGAAGAACUGCAGGUUGACUUAGACUGUCAAGUUGAUCUGACUUCUUGGAUCACUUGUUUUGGAACUGAGUAUCGUCCAGGCCUUUUAGUUUGCACGGACAAAGAGGACGAUUUGCCUGUAUUUAGUCAGAUAAAAGACAUCAUUGCAUUUAAUCGAGAAUAUUUUCUUGUAACAGAGGACUUUCAGACACUUUGUUUUGCAGAGCAUUUUCAUUCCUUUCAUGUGACACAGGGAAAUGAUCAGAAUGUUUCCAUGCUUAAAGUUGAUAAAUUGCACUUCUUUAAGCCGUUUGAUCUGCAAACUACUUAUGGUUUUGAUAGAGAUUAUCAAUAUGUGGUUCCUGUACAUGUGUUUGUAUAAGUUUGUGGUUUUUGAACAUCCAUGAACUGUUAAAUAAAACAGACAUAAAAAGCA